ACCUUCUACCCUUCCUCUCACGAUGCCGGCAUGCGCUGCGCCCACACUAGGUCACGCACCCGCAAUCUAUUGUGCUGCCACGGUUACCCCAUGUAGCUUCGAAAGCCAUAUAUAAAGGCCUCAAUGGUUUCUUUCCUUCCUGCGUUCCUUUCCCUUCACUGUCCUCAUUGUGGCGAGCUUCCCUUUCCUCGUUCUUGCUUGUCGUCACAUACAGCCAAGCCCUAGACGUCUCCCGAUCUCACCAUAGACGACCCCUUCGCCGCAUUCAAGUCUACGAUCCUUACAGCCAUGCCGACGCUGGACUGCACCCUUGGCAUACAGAGCUAUCCGAUACGACGCGGGAAGCGACCCAGCGCCCGCCGCAAACACCCGUAUCCUUUCACAUUCCGCGAGACGCCAUUGUUCACUUCUCAAGAUCUUCUAGAAGAAGAUGAAGACCAUCCUUCCCCGACGCCCUCCUUUCACCGAUCGCGCUCUCCCUCUCUCGAUCAUCGUCCGCUCCCGGACUCGGCGCGCACGAGCGUGUUGGAGCAGGAUCCUUUCUACUUCGCCCCUUCGUCUCCCGCAAAGUCCUCCGCCUCAUCACAAGCUAGUCUCAGGCGGUCGAUCGCUGGCCGCAAGUCGGGCGUGCAGCGUUCUACGCGGAGGUCGUGCGUCCAACGACGCCGCGGGGAACAUCGUGUUCAUGGCGCCACACAUCGUGCUCCCCUGGUGGGGGACACUCCUCGGCCUGUAUUCAAUCCAGUCAACUGGGGAGGCGCGGCUGGCGAUGCUCAUCCUGCGGAGCCCAACUAUUUGAGCCCCACGCAGCCCGCUCACUCGAGCAAGACCAGCUUGUCGUUCAUCUUGAACGCGCCGGAUGAGGAGGCUUUGUGGCGACGGCCGUGGGGCAGCGCCGAUGGGCCUGUGCCUGCAAGGAAAGAGUCGGUCGAUUCUCAAGUCCUUCCAACGUCAACAUACGAAGCGUGCGAGAAUCAACCUUCCUCCCCUCCAAUGUCAGCGUCGCCUCGAUCGUCGGAGCGCGCUGAUCCCGAUGUUCCCAGUUGUGUUGCUCACUUCGAUGCGCCCAUCUGUGUCGCCCAGUCCUGCUUCCCCAAGAUACCCUUGCCGCCGCUGCUCAUCGACCUUUCUCUCGACGACGAGGGCGAUAUUGAGGACGAUGGUCCGCUGCAGUUGCAGUAUCCAGACUCGGCCUCGCCGCACGCCGAGUCCCCCGAGGAACUUACUGUUCCGAUCGCCAGGAAGUGGCAGACGAAUCCCGAGAAGGAUGCUCCGAGCGACAGUGCUAUGCAAUGCGGUGCUGAGAAGGAUGGCGCCAGUUCUGCCAUUCCGAUGCUUGGGUCUCCUCUGACCGUCGCGCAGGCCGUGACCGGUGAUCGUCCUUCUCGACCCUUGACUUCGAGUGAAGACGGCCUCAAUGAUCCUGGUGUGGCUACAAAGAAGCCACCGCAGUCCAACAACUCUCCUACCGAUCCGACUGACCCUUUCAUCAAUUCAAACGUGAACGACUACGAGCGCCCCAAGCCCGACUUUGCCCUCCACCCCCUCGUUGAAUCCGACCCCGCCUUGCUUGGCCCUGCCAUCCUUGUCUUCAACGACCUUGUGGACGCGCCCAAGGGUCCGGGCAAGAAGCCCCGGAUCCCGAGGGACACGAAGUUUGCGCUCAAAGUGAAUGCGCGGGCGAAGCAAGGCGAGAUAGUGAAGGAGGUGGCGAAGGUGGCGGAGGACGCCACGAAGGUGAAGGAGGACGUCGCGAAGGUGGAGGGCGCGAAAGCGGAGGCGCGCAGACCGUAUUAUAGAGAGGAGGUCGAGGAGGAGGAGGCGAAGAAGCCCUGCGUCGUGGGGCCUAGGAUACCGGAGCCCGUUUUCAGGGCGAGGAAGGCGAAGGCUGCCGCUCCUCCGCAGACGGUCACAGCCUCUGCCCUGUCCUCCGGCGACGUCAAGAAAGGAGACACCUCCAAAUCUGCAUCUUCUUCCGCGUCUCUUCCUCAACCUGCCACGACUCCCCUCAGUGGCCCGGUCUUCCCCGCUACUUCAGAGCCAUUCCCCGCCAACCCCGAUCUCGAAAUCCGCUCCCGCCGCGGUCGCCCUCUACGUCCACAACAGCGCGAGGCCCGUGCGCGAAGAGAUGCGAUAGAGCAGCAGAAGAAGGCUGUCCUGCUUGCGUUCCGGGACGCGGCGGCGAAGGCGAGGCGGCGUGUGGGCAUCUUCCGCGCGAUGGUGCGGGCGAUGGAGGAUACGAUGGGAAUGGAGGACGUGAAGUGGGGCAGGGUGGGGAAGGUGAGGGAUGUUGCGGACCUUCAAGCGGCUGAGGGUUGUCAGUCGGUCAUCGACGGAGGGCGCUCACUUUCCCCUUCCCCUGUCUUCCAUGUGACGACUUCGUCAGGACAGCAAUCGCCGUCUAUAAAGCACCCCGUUGAAUGCGGGCCUCUUCACCACCGUCACGGUACGAAGUCAAGUGAAGACCGCCUGUUAGCGCUCGCCGAGAGCGCACUCUCGGCGUCUUGCCAACAAGAGACGACUUCACUCGCGAAGGCUUUGAGCCGUGCCUCCCUCGAAUCCCAGUCUCCUUCCGGAUCUUCUCACCUUGGCGGUCGUCCUCGUCGUAUCUCCCUUCAGGCCUACCUCAAGCGCAAGCGCGAGUGUGCCAGCGACUCCGAGGGGGACAACAAGCGCUGCCGACGAGGUUGAUUUUUUUUCUAUUGUACUAUCUGUCCUAAUAUUCCCCUCUGCUUCUUACGGCACGUCUAUGACUUGACACGAUUUAUGUAGCAUACCUCAGCUCCUGGCCGUCUUAUUUUGUAGUCACUCCCUCCUUUCCUGAGUUCCCGCUGCUUCCUCGCCUGCACAUUCCUUAUCGCUCUGUUUCUCCUGUUACGCUGUAGCCCUAGUCCAUGUCGCUCGCUAGCCUCCUGUAGUCGAGUAUCCAUACCUAUCGCAUCUUUCUACCGCAGACCUGCC